AUGUCUUCGAUAGAGAUUCACGAUUCUCAGACUGAGGGAGGCGCUGCAAGUGGUCCAAGCACACAGCCACAGCCCGUAGGAACUCGAUCAGGGACCUUCGACUCCAUCGAUUCUUCCAACCCGGCCAUCAAUAUGCCUCAAUACACUUCUCGGGACGUCGGCGACCCGUCGCAGAUCAAGAAAAACAAGCAAUCUAUGGCCGACCUCAAGUUACGACGCCUUACCGAGCUCAACAGCAGGCUACGGGAGGACUUAGAACGAGAGCGAAUUCCCGUGUCGCAGGCAGCAAGAAGCAUCAUCGCAUACUGCAAUAGCACAAGAGAUUACAUGGUUCCGUCGGUAUGGGGAGCCGUCCCCCGGGGAGAGGACCCGUACGCGCCUCCUCAGAACGGCGGAUGCUGCCUGGUAAUGUAA